ACUGGUCGGUCGUUAGAUCAAGCAGCCACAUUCCGUCGUCGUAGGCGCCCAAAAGCGGUUCGCGUUGCAUCUUCGUGAGAGCAAAAUAACCAUUCUGUGUUGUGCGAAUUCACUCGGUAUUAUCGUGUGUCCUUCCGUGGAGUGUGACCUCGCCCGCCGCCGUAGUGUUGUGCUAUAAAUUCCUGUCCAUCGAAGGGGAGAUGUUGAAUUUUCUGUCAUCGAAAAAAUCCUCCGGCGCUGGUCCGCUGCAAGGCUACAAGAUUACCAACGUGGAACGGAGCAAAAAGUACGGUGUGGCCGCGGAUUCGCUUCGGAUGCUGAAAACGAAAGCCUCCGAAAAGUUCAAGCUACAAAACUGUCGCGUCUAUCUGGCACGGGAAGGCGUCGAAGUGUUGGACGAGGAUUAUUUUUGCACUCUGCCGGCCCAGGUCCUGUUCGUGGUCGCCGAGAGGGACGUUAUCGUAAAAACUGAUUUCCAGCUGAUGUAUGACGCAAUCAAAUCUACCCAUAGCGAGCUGCUGCAGGCUGGCACGCUGGCUAAGGAGUUUGUCAGUAACAAUCAGAGCGAGAUAGCCGAACUGCUGCAGAAUGCCCAGCGCUCCCAGGAAGAGCAGACCCUUAAGAGUCUGCGAAGUGAGCACGCGGAAUGGUUUGAAGGAAUCGAUGAAAAAUCUGGUCGUACCAAAGAGGAAAUCAUGCAACGUCGCGGUCAGGACCGCAUCCGAGGCUACUUCUACAAGACGAAGGACGAGCUGACAAAGUGUGCCAUCUACCGGCAGAAUGCGAUGGCCAAGGAGCUGAUUGACGAAAUGCUGGACCUGUUCCGUCAACUGCUGAGCGGUUUCGAUUAUUUUAGCUGUAUAUUCGACCGGGGCCAUCCGCAGCGGUUGGCGACAGAGACUGGUGGUGAGGUUUCAAACUUGGUACUAACUAAUGAGCAGCACAAUCAAAACCAAGAGGACGAAGUGGACGCGCCGAGGAUUUUGCCAAAACGCCUGAAACUGGCGAUAAAACAAUCGCUAGAGACCGAUGGCAACGCAAUCGGGAAGUACCGGGUGGCUCUUUGCAAUACCAAAGGGGAUUUCCCUUGCAUGGGACUGUGGAACGAAGGGCAAUGUAAGUACAGAGCGCAUGUUAUCAAUCCGUACGCGAGCAGGGAAAACAUGAUUCUGUUCCAAGUGUGGAAUUUGGAUCAUCAGGUCGAGAUAAGCCGCUCGGUGCUGCCGUCGAUUGUGGAAAACGUCAGGCGUGUUAUAGAAAACGAGGCGGAUGCAAUCUGCAAAAUACAUAACCGUAGGGGUAAGAAACUUUCUGUGAUAACUUAUUUUAUCGAGCUUUUCACGCUUGGGAACCUCAAACUGGUUCAUAUUGUUUGCCACGACAAAAGUAUUCAUGAUAUGAUCUCAAAGGGCAGUAUAAUCUGCGACAAAUGUGCAGAGUACAAGUAUAUUAAGGAUUUCCAAAACAAAAUACGCUUCAAUAAUAACGGUUUAAUGUACGGGGAGGCCAACGGAAGAUUUGCUAGAAAUAACAGUGGGGUUUCAGUAGCUAGCUUAGCUGGUUCGCUAUACCUUACCUUACCAGUUAGGCUAAGGUCCAAGUGUUCUUUGCUGUACAUAGAAGUCGUCUCCAUCCCACUCGAUCCAUGUCAGCACGUAGUCUGCCACGCUGUCUGCGAAGGCUCCACAGAAAUCGAUUCUGAAAUGGGAUCCGAACCAGGAAAUAAUCACCACCGGGGAAGUGACGAAGCCGGUUGUUCGUACUUGACACUGUCGUAA